AUGUUAUCUGCAGAAGAAUACAAUAAUAUACUAUGGAAACUCGACAAUAUUCCAUCGACUUAUACUGGUAAAUCACGUCAAAAUUAUCCAACAUCUGAAGAAACAUUAAAUCAAAUUAGUCAAACUGUAACAACAUCGUUUAAUUUUACAUUAGAUACCGAAUCUAUGCAAACUCGUCAACGUAAAAAUAAACCAGUAUUAAUUCAAAUACAAGCAUUAUUAUCAAAUAAUUUUUCCAUCAUUCUUAUUUUUGAAAUGUGUCAUUUACCUCGAGAACAUACAACAACAUUUUAUUUAAUUAAAAAUCUUCUCACAACAAUUUUUAAUAGUAGUAAACCUAUUUAUAUUUGGGGUGAACGUGAUGAAUUAACCCCAUUCGCCAUUUAUAAUCUAUUUUCUGAAACACAACUUUUAUUAGCCAAUUUUCAAAAUUUACAAGAUACAUUUAAAGAACAAUGGCAACAACACGUUCCACAUUUAAUCUCAACAAUAUCUUCGUCUGAUCCAACAUCUGAAUGUUUAUGUGAACAAUGUAUCGGAAAAAAUUCUCACGAAUUAUGGUCGUUACAGGAUGCUUUAUUUCAAUCGAAUCUUAAAGAACAACAACAACAAGAUCGUCAAAAAUUAAGCAUUUAUGCUGCAAGCGAUUGUCUAUCUAUGCAACAUUUACUUAUUCAAACGCAAAUCAUCACAACAGCACCUACAGCAAUAACAACAACAAUACCAACAACUAUACAUCCAUCAAAUAUUAAUCGUGAGAAUCUCGAACCAAUAUCAUUCGAUGAUACACAGCGUGAACCCGAACCUGAGCCUGAAGAACAACAAUUUACAACAACAGUAUCAAAUGUUUUUACAACAACCACCGAACCAAUACAUGAUAACGAUUUAGAAUUAAUAUCAUCUGAUGAUGACGAACAUCAUUUGCCAUAA